UCCACAUAAUAAAAGUAAUAAACGUAAGACCGAAAAUCUAAUGUGAACAAGAAUUUUUGUCUUAUAAAAGACAUAACUAGACUGAAGCACAAAUUAUAGUUCAAACCAAACACCUCAAACACAAGAAAUGGUUUCCAACAUUGAUCACAAGGCUAUGGAAGCACUCCUCCGUGGACAAGGAUGCGCUAACAGCCUCAAGAUUCUCCUCGAAAACGGCGAAAUAAGCUCAGUUUCAACAGAACCACUCAUCAACACCAUUCUCGAUUCUUUCUCGCUUGUUCUGUCUUUUGUGGAUUCUCCUAAUCCUCCACUAUACCAUGAGUCUUCUUCUCGAAACAUGGCAAGACCUACGCCCCGGAGAUCAUCUAAGGAAGUGCAACAUCGCAGAAAACUUUGUGGAGCACAAGGUUUAGUGAAUUACAGAGAUGAUUCCCCGAUUCCGUGUCCCAAUGAUGGCUUUGCCUGGAGGAAAUAUGGACAAAAAACCAUCAAAACCUCACCGCACCAAAGGUGUUACUAUCGGUGUACCUAUGCAAAAGACCAAAAAUGCAAUGCUACAAAGCGGGUGCAGAAGAUCAAAGACAACCCUCCAGUGUACAGAACCACGUAUAUGGGAAAACAUGUGUGUACUGCUUCUGUAGGUCAUGAUGAUACACACAGUUCCAAAAUGAUCCAGUUCGACCAAGUUGUUUCUGAAUUGGUUAUGCCUCAGCUCACAACGAUUGACCACCAAGUAAUUACCAUGGAGGACAAAGUCACACACUAUAUCAUGAACCAAGAAUGUGAUAUCGAUAUUAAUGAUUAUUUGGUGGGUUAUGACCAAUUUUGGGCGAAUGAAUUUCCCCCAUUUCCAUCAGACGACACAAUGUUUUUUGACAACAUUCCUGCUUUUGAUUAGAACCCUAUCUAGGUUUGAACAACAUAUCUAUCAAGCUUUUUAUGUUUUCAUGGUGGAGAUUGUUUGUUCCUUCACUUCUUUUCAGGUUCAUGUUUUGUAAUUUAGAUUCAUAUGCUUUAAAUUUACAGUGUCUUUUUGUGUAAAGAAGUUUCAUCUAUCAUGUACUUUUGCGUUUAUUCAGAAAAUAAAGA